AUGAAAUUAGUCCGGUUUCUUUUAAAGUUAAUCCGUCGCGUAAAUAAGUAAGGCCAAUGCUAAGCUAAAGUAAUUUUAAGGGUAUCCUUCUUUGCGAACCAGAUCAGGAAAACGACUGCAGCUAUGUCUUUUAUAUACGAUUAUAUACUAUUGAAUACACGCACACAUAAAAUUAGUACUCAUGCGCGCUAAAAGAGAACAAAAAAUAUUCUCCUUUGGUUUCCUAGGUUGGGUUUUCUUUUUUUCUUGUAAUUUUUCUUUCUAAAUGUUCAUGCAUGAGAAUGAUAUUUUACGUCAAUUACGGCAGUAGAGAUGACACAAAUUUUUGUUAAAUAUUACACAGGUUAUACUUUCUUUGUAGGUUUCCAUGGCGAUAAAUAACAGAUUAAAAAUAUAUAAAAGAUCGUAGGAUUAUAAAUUUAUAUAUACAAUUUAUAUAUAAUUUACUGAUCGCAAUAAUAAUUCAAAGCGAUCGAUACCCUUAUAAGAUUCUAAGAAGUAGUUCUUAAGGGCAAACUUAAAAGAAUUAACGCUAGAUUUCUUCUUAAUAUCCUUCUGGAGAUUGUUCCAUAUUUUAAAGCUGCUGAUCGUUACAGAUUUUCCUCCCUCAGUAUAAUUAUAUUUAGGACACACUAAAUUGUAUUCGCCAAGACGAGUUUGUCUACCAUUAAUUUCAUUGUUUGUUUUAACUUUGUGUUUCCAGGAGAUUCUACGAUCACGUCAUUCACCUCAUCACACCAUCUUAACAUGGUUUUCUUAGAAAUCGUUCGUGUAUCACUCAGCUUGUCCAAGUUCUUCACUCUGUUGGUCAGUGUCUUGACAAAAACCUUCAGUCUGAUAUAAUUUACCUUGAUUUUGCCAAAGCUUUUGAUGCUGUAGAUCAUCAAAUACUUCUAAGGAAACUCAAGUCAUAUGGCGUUACAGGGCGUCUUCUCGACUGGUUUCGUGAUUAUUUAAGCGGACGUACCCAAAGAGUUGUUGUCAAAGGUGUCCCAUCAAGCUGGGUUCCUGUUAUCUCUGGCGUGCCACAAGGAAGUAUCCUGGGUACGAUACUUUUUGCUGUCUUCAUAAACGAUCUUCCGGAAGUAAUAUCCAAUGGCUCUUCGGAAGCUAUGUAUGCUGAUGAUACAAAGUUCUUUAGAAACAUCAACUCUACGACUGACUGUGAUUGUCAAGAAUCUUUAUCCAACAUCGACACGUGGAGCCAUGAUAAUAACAUCAAGUUCAACGCAUUAAAAUGUAAGGUUUUGAGCGUGACUCGAAAGAAAUAUCCCGUGACUUACAACUAUCAUCUGGGUUCAUCUUCGUUGCUUCGUGUCCGGAAAGAAAAAGAUCUCGGCAUCAUCGUGACAGACAAUCUCUUGUGGAACUCGCAUAUUCAAAUGAUAACAGCUAAAGCUAACAAGAUGCUUGGUCUCCUAAAGAGAACCUGUCCUUUAUUGACGGAAACCAAAAUCCGGCGUUCAUUAUACCUAUCGCUUGUAAAGUCGAAGUUAUGCUAUGGUACUGAAAUUUGGUCUCCAUCCAAUGUCUCCCUCAAAGUCAAGAUCGAAAGAAUACAACGACGCGCGACAAGAUGGAUCCUAAGAUCAAGAAUAG